AUGUACCCUCUUAUGAUUUUUUGUUUGUGUUCCUCCUCCAGCGGAGAUGCUCUGGCCUUUACCAAAGUUCAGUGUCCCAACCACCCAGAGGCCAUCCUGGUGGAGGACUACAGAGCAGGGGACAUGAUAUGUCCUGAAUGCGGCCUUGUAGUAGGUGACCGUGUGAUUGAUGUGGGUUCAGAGUGGCGGACGUUUUCUAAUGAGAAAGCCCUUAAAGACCCCUCCAGAGUGGGAGACGCCCAGAACCCACUGCUCAAUGGAGGAGACCUCACCACCAUGAUCGGCAAGGGAACUGGUGCAGCUAGUUUUGAUGAGUUUGGAAACUCAAAGUAUAAGAACCUGCGAAAUAUGAGCAGCUCCAACCGGGCCAUGUUCAAUGGCUUUAAAGAGAUCAGCAACAUGGCAGAUCGCAUCAACCUUCCAAGAAACAUCAUAAACAAAUCCAACAACUUAUUCAAGCAGUUGUAUUCUCAGAAGAGUCUGAGGGGACGAGCCAACGAUGCCAUUGCUUCAGCUUGUCUCUACAUCGCCUGCAGACAAGAAGGUGUACCGAGAACUUUUAAAGAGAUCUGCGCCGUCUCUAGAAUCUCCAAGAAGGAGAUUGGUCGAUGCUUCAAGCUGAUCCUGAAGGCGCUGGAGACCAGCGUGGACCUUAUCACCACGGGAGACUUCAUGUCCCGCUUCUGCUCAAACCUCGGGCUGCCCAAGCACGUGCAGAUGGCGGCCACCUAUAUCGCCAGGAAGGCCGUGGAGCUGGACCUGGUGCCCGGCAGGAGCCCGAUCUCUGUGGCCGCGGCAGCUAUUUACAUGGCCUCCCAGGCCUCCGCAGAGAAGAAGACCCAGAAAGAAAUCGGAGAUAUCACCGGGGUCUCAAACUUCACAAUGAAACAGUCAUACCGACUCAUCUACCCGCGAGCUGCGGAACUUUUCCCUUCAGUCUUCAAAUUUGACACGCCCGUGGACAAGCUGCUCCGGCUGUGA